AUGGAACUUGAGAAAGAGCUGAACUUGCGCCAAAGACGGUGGCUAGAGCUGUUAAAGGAUUAUGACGUUGAUAUCCUAUAUCAUCCAGGGAAAGCGAACGUUGUAGCGGAUGCUCUUAGCCGUAAAUCUAUGGGUAGCCUGACAGAUGUACAACCACGAAGCAGGGAGAUGACCAAAUGGGUAGGUCCUAAAGCUAAGGAGGUAGACGGGUAUAAGCUUUGGUUCUCUGGUAGGUCAAAAUAUAGGAAUGGGGUAGGCAUUUUAGUAGAUAGUGAAUCAAGGGAUCAGGUGGUAGAGGUUAGGAGGGUAACUGAUAGGAUGAUGUCGAUUAAUGUAGUCAUUGAAGGGCUCACUUUGAACAUUAUUAAGGCGUAUGCGCCGCAAGCUGGCUUAGACGAGGAGGAGAAGAGGCGCUUUUGGGAGGAUUUGGACGAGUUAGUGAGAGGCAUACCGCCUACUGAGAAGCUAUUAGUGGGAGGUGAUUUCAAUGGGCACAUUAGGCCUAUUUCGGGGGGUUAUGAUGAUGUGCAUGGAGGUUUUGGCUUCAGGGACAGGACUGGAAGAUGA